AUGUCAUCAGAACCCGCAUUGUUGACAGCCAUCCGCAACUUGCAAAACCCUAUACCUCAAUAUGUAUUAGGAACAUUGCCAGCUAUAGCAAUUUUGGGAACAACGCCACAUAGUGGUUUGUGCGCGAAGCUAAUAUGGUUUGCGCGAUGUCUUGGUUGUCCAUUCACUGGAAUGUUUUAUUUUUGCAACAUUGGAAAUAUUCCAUCAGAAAUGUGUGCAUACUGGCUAUCGGCAGAAUAUUUUGAUUUUGAGGGGAAUCUAAUCGAUUAUCUGCCUGUUGGACAUCACGCUAUGCAAUUAAAUCCUACUGCGAAUCAGAUAGCAAUUAUAAAUAAUUGGGUCGCAGAAGCAUCUUUGUUAGAUAGAUUAUCAUCGCUUGUAUCUCUAUAUUAUAUAUUUGUUGGCAUAUUUGCUGGAAUAUCUAAAGCAGCAGGACCAUGUAUAGAGGAUAAAUCAUUACAAGAUUGGCCAUAUUUACCGUUAUUAUUUAUUUGGACAUUACCAGUGAUUUAUGUUAGGAUAAGAAAUGGAAGAGUAGUAGACAGAGUGUUACAAGGACAUUUACAUAAUCCACAAGAUACAGGUCAAAUAGUUCCAAUACCUGUUGCAACUUUCCAACUACAAGAUCUUCAUAACAAAAAGGCCCAUGCAGCAAUUACAGCAUUAGCUUCAGUUACUCUACCUUGGCUAACA